UGAAAAAAAUAUAAAAUUGCAGCUCUUUUCGUGCAGUGCGGGUUGCGUAAUAAAUUAACGAGUUUCUGCAUUUAAUAACAGUAUAAAAUGUAUUCCACUUGCAGAUUUGGAUCCUUACUCCGGGCGGUCGGCACUCGCCAAAAGCACACUCUGCCUGACCUACCCUACGAUUAUAAGGCAUUGGAACCGGUGGUAAGCCGCGAUAUUAUGAGCCUACACCAUAGCAAGCACCAUGCCACUUAUGUGAACAAUUUAAACGCGGCUGAAGAGAAAUUAGCUCAGGCACAGAGCAAAGGUGACAUUGAAACAGUCAUUAAUCUGGCUCCAGCGCUCAGGUUCAAUGGUGGUGGUCACAUCAACCACACAAUCUUCUGGCAGAAUCUCUCCCCUAAUGGUGGAAAACCCUCCGAUGCCCUUUGUCAGGCAAUUGAAAGGGAUUUUGGAUCAGUGGAAAACAUGAAGAAUCAGCUGGCAGCUGCAUCUGUCGGCGUACAGGGUUCCGGCUGGGGCUGGCUGGGCUACAACAAGACCAUGAAGAAGCUGCAGAUUGCCACCUGCCAAAACCAGGACCCCUUGCAACCCACUACUGGUAUCAUUCCUUUGUUUGGCAUUGAUGUCUGGGAGCAUGCUUACUACCUGCAGUACAAAAAUGUGAGAGCUGAUUAUGUUAAGGCAAUAUUCGAUGUAGCAAAUUGGCAAGAUGUAUCUGCAAGAUACGAGAAGGCAUUGAAGUAGAUUGAAGUGAACUAAUCUCAGCAUUUUAAAUAUUAGUAGCGGAAUGAUGUGAGCAUGGCUGUAGUGAUUUCUUAUCAUCACAUGGUUAUUUGUGAUGUUUUUUAAGUUUAAUAUAUAUGCACUGAUAUUAUACUGUUAUAUACA